AUGCUAUCAUCAAACACACUGAGAUGUCUUUCAUGUGCACUGCUUCUGUGUUUACUUUCAGUCAUUGUAUUCACUAUCACCACCAAAAACUUCAGCAAUAACUGUGUCAUUCAUAGCUUACCAAACACGAACACACUUCAAUUAACAGAGUACAAAGACGACGAAAACGAUGAAAUGGAAAAAGAGAUGCUUCGAGUGGCUUCACGCGCCAAACAAAACACUUCAUCUACUAAUUCUAAGAAACUAGCUUUUAUGUUCCUCACAACAUCAACCCUUCCAUUUGCACCUUUAUGGGAAUCAUUCUUUAACAAUGCCCCAAAAACACACUUCACCAUUUACGUCCACGUGGAUCCCACCAUGUUCAAGUGGAAACCACCCUACUCGAGUGUUUUUCAUGAUCGCCUGAUCUUUUCCAAACAUACUGCUAGACACUCUCCUGCACUCGCCGCAGCAGCGCGUAGGUUACUAGCGAGUGCCUUAGUCGAUGAUCGUGACAACUACAUGUUCAUACUUCUCUCAGGUUCAUGCAUUCCUCUACUCUCUUUUCACUUCACAUACCACGCGCUUGCAAACUCAAACAAAAGCUUCAUCGAGAUAGCUCCACAAGGUUUAGCCUCGUUUUACCGAUGGUCGACGCAUAGGCCACAUGUGAUGCUCCCGGAAGUAAGGUACCUCCCCCCAUUGCUCCAGUCAAGUGAUCCGGCAUCCGCCUCAACCCGCAAGUUCUCGAUCCAUCUCUCAACCGUACCAGAGACAUCUUGUACAGUUAUCAACUUUACUUAA